AUGCCAUCCCUGGUCAUCUGUCCGGUGUCUUUGAACCCAGGCAAGGACUGGGACGACCUGAUUGCCAGUUACUGGGCAUCCUGGCUGAGCCCCCUGCAAGCUGUGGGCGAGCUCACAUUUGCUCAUCUCGGUGCUGGGACCCUCGCCGAGAAGCAAGCCCGAGCCGCGGUGAGCCAGCAUCUUCUCCAAGAGGCACAGUCCAACCCACACGAUACGGUGUGGAUGAAAUGCAUCGACCUAGCCAGCGGCCGCAUUGUCGCAGGUGGAAUGUACAAGAUUCAUGAUAGCGGCCCGAACCCCUACGAGGAGACGGCUGCCCCUAAGGCCGAGUGGUUUCCCCCUGAAAGCGAAAGAAGAAUAUUGGCGGAGGAGCUGUAUCGGCAGCUGUGGGGGUGGCGGGCAAGAUUGAUGGGUGACAAGUUCGUGUGUGGGAUGGCGCUUUGGGUUCUGCCCGCGUACCGGUCGUACGGGGCGGCGCGGCUCUUGCUCGAGCAUUUCGUGGAGCGCAUCGACCAGCUGGGCAUGGAGGCUUAUCUAGAAGGGACAGAGAUAGCAUUGCCUUUGUACCGACAAUGUGGGUUCCGCGUCGUGUCGGAUGUCACGAUCGACGUUGAACCGCCACAGGGGAAAGAGCCGAGUUCAGAUUGGACACGGCUAGUGAGCGACAUCCAAGCUCAUCCGGUUAAAAUCAUGAUCCGACCAAUGUCACAAAAGAGGGCAGUAGACUCGAAGCUAUGA